UAAAUAUAUAUAUAAGGUACAAGGGUGAAGGGGGUGUGUCUAUAUAUGUUCGAUGAUUAGUUCUCUGCCAUGUGCUAUGGAAUCAACCUCUUAUGCUUUAUGUUCUGUUAAUUCCUACCUUAUACUAUAACCUUCAUUAUUCAUCAAUAAUUCGAAUUCUUCCUUCGUCUUUUUAUAUUUUAGUCUUUCAUAUAAAUACUCCCUCUUGCCCUACUCAUCCUUCAAAACAUCCCUCUCUCUUCUUCGUUUCAAUUUCAUCUUCCAAUAUCCAGUGAUUGUAGAAAUGGGAGAAGAAGUUAAACAAGAGGAAAAGGAGGCAGUCUCUGCUCCAGAGGCCGUCCCAGAGCCCGCCUCCGCUGAGGAUAAGAAGAAAGAUGUGGGGGAGGAGAAGCAAGCGGCGACCGAGGAGGAAAACCCAACUGUGGAGGAGGAGCCGCAGCCGCCACCACCGCCUCCACCAUUCAUACUCUACGUCGACUUGCAUUGUGUAGGAUGUGCUAAGAAGAUCCAAAGAUCUAUACUAAAAAUUAGAGGUGUGGAAGAAGUAGUGAUGGACAUGAAUGAGAACCAAGUGACGGUGAAAGGAGUGUUGGAUCCCCAAGCAGUGUGCAACAAAAUCAAGAAGAAGACUAAAAGAAUGGCCAAAGUCCUCUCGCCGCUUCCGGCGGCCGAGGGAGAACCGCUGCCACCGGUCAUAACCUCUCAAGUCUCCGGCCUCACCACCGUCGAGCUCAGCGUCAACAUGCACUGUCAAGCUUGUGCUGACCAGCUAAAGAAGAAAAUUCUUAAAAUGAGAGGGGUCCAAACAACUGUAACGGAGCACACCAACGGAAAAGUAAUAGUGACUGGGACGAUGGACGAAGAGAAACUUGUGGACUACGUCUACCGUCGGACCAAAAAGCAGGCCCGAAUCGUACCCCAACCCGACCCGGAAGCUGAAAAACCUGAGGUGGAGGAAGAAAAGAAGGAGGAGACCGGUGAAGGCGGUGAGGAACCCGCAGAAACAGGAGAGGAGAAGGAGGCGGGAGAUGAAAAGGAAGAGGACGGUGACGGAGAAGAGAUGGAGGCUUCGGAAGAGAUGCGUGUGUGGGAAGAAGAAGGGAUGAAGAGGAUGAUGUAUUAUUAUCAGCCUUCAUACGUCAUAGAAAGGGUUCCUCCGCCGCAGCUUUUCAGCGACGAGAACCCUAACGCUUGUUGCAUUUCUUAACUUGGUUUCUUAUGAUCCACGGAAUUGAUAUAUAUAUUUAGGGGAAUUGAUUACGUAAAAAGAAUAAAGAAAAUAGGUAACGAUGCAAAAUGUAAACUAUUUAUAUAUUAUUUAAUUUUUUAUAAAUGGUGGUUGGUAUCUUUAUUUAUCGAUGGAUACUUUUUAGUUUUUACACUUGGUAUGUACGUAAUGGCAACUGAAAAAACGAUCGAUACGGAAUCUAUUCAAUUCAUGAAAGUAUACGUGGAUGUGCGUGUGUGACAGUGAGUGUGUUCGGAUGGUGCGUUACGAUCGUUUUCUAUAUUCCUGUGAAAUAUAGUAUUAUUUUGUAAUGGAAAUUGGAAUUUUUAGAGGGACA